UUCAACAUGUCGUCUUCGUCGUACCACAUCACCACUCUUCUUGAGAAGAUGGGUGACGCUGACAAAGACUUUCGAUACAUGGCACUCACUGAUCUAAUGAGUGAGCUUCAGAAAGAGAGUCUAUCACUUGACAGUGAUACUGAAGAAAAGAUAUGUGAGCGUCUCCUUGUGCUGUUAGGAGACAAGAACGGUGAAGUCCAGAACUUAGCGGUGAAGUGUCUGGGACCGCUGGUGGGCAAGGUGAAAGGGAACAGGGUGGAGAACAUUGUGGAUGUGCUGGGGAACAACAUGCUGAGUCAGAGCGAACAACUCAGAGGCAUUUCAACUAUGGGUCUGAUGAUGGUGAUCAGUGAGCUACACAGCUCGUCCCUUGCAGCUCCUGUCAGUAGGCGGAUAUGUAGCAAACUCACUACUGCUCUUACCUACCCCAAAUUAGAGGUACAGAUCCAGCUAGAAAGUCUGGACAUCAUGAGUGAAGUGCUGCACAAGUUUGGCAGUCUAGUCCAGUCACAGCACGACAAGGUUCAGGCGGCUCUACUCCCACUACUUGCUAAUAACCGCGUUGCUGUAAGGAAGAGAACCAGCGUAGCUAUAGGGUAUUUAGUACAGAACAUCAGCAAUUCCCUGUUUGAAGAGCUGAUAAAGCAUGUGAUGGAUAACCUUGUUAACCCUACUAAAGUCCUUCAGAGCUACAUCACCUGUAUCAACGUCAUCAGUCGACAUGCUGGGCACAGGUUUGGCAACAAACUAAAGAUAAUAGUUCCUAAAGUAGCAGAGUUUGCUCAUUCUGCAGGAGAGAAUGAUGACCUGAGGGAGUCUGCCAUUCAGGUUCUGGAGUCGUGUGUACUAUGGUGUCCCGGAGAAAUGCAGGAGUUUACCGCUCAGAUAGUAGACAUCUCCCUUACUUACAUCACUUACGAUCCUAACUAUAACUACGACAGUGAGGAUGAAGAGGAUGAGGAGUAUCUGGAUGACGAGGACGACUACAGUGAUGACGAAGACAUGAGUUGGAAAGUUAGAAGAUCUUGUGCGAAGUGCCUCUCUGCUAUUGUCCAGGCCCGUCCCGAGCUGCUAUGUGAUAUCUACACCCGCAUAUCCCCUGUCCUGAUAUCCCGUUUUAAGGAGCGGGAGAAGAGUGUCAGACUGGACAUUUUCAACACUUACUCCUGUAUCCUCCGUCAAACUGCUGCCAGUAAACACGAUAUUGCCCCUGAGGACGAGAUGCAGGAUGUCACGCCGCUAGCCCAGCUGGCAACACAAGUAGAUGCCAUUGUACGUGGUCUAGAGAAACAGUUGUACGACAAGAACGACAAAACACGACAGAGUUGUUUCUCCUUGUUGGGCGAGCUGGUUACUGUACUGCCUGGCUGUCUUACCUCUUAUGUGGAUAUUCUUCUGCCUGCUGUUCACAAGUCUCUUAGUACAAAAGGAGCAAGUUGUUACAUAAAGAUAAGCUCUCUGUCCUUCCUCCGCACACUUCUCACUCAUCACUCUCCUGAAGUGUUCCAGUCUAACCUCCCUGAUACACUCUCCUGUGUUAUUGGUGCUGUUCAGGACACUUUUUACAAGGUCAUAUCGGAAGCUCUGCUGGUAAGCGAACAGCUAGUAUUUGUAAUCAGACCCCCUAACAGUAAUAAUCCGCAAGUAUCAGAGCUAUGUACCGCUAUUUUCAAUGCCACCUUGUACAGAUUGAAGGAGGCUGAUUUAGAUCAAGAGGUCAAGGAAAGGGCUAUAACUUGCAUGGGACAUUUGUUGGCGAAUAUGGCAGAUUUACUGCAGUCGCAACUAGCAAUAGCUUUGCCGCUGUUUUUGGACAGACUGAGAAACGAAAUUACAAGACUCACGACCGUGAAAGCUCUUAGUGUCAUCGCCAAGGAGAGAGACCUCUACUUCAAAGAACUGAUUGGCUACGUGCAGACCAGGGAAGGAGCCGGUAUUGGAUUCGGUGAUCAGAGGAGGAAGAAGAACAAAAAGGAGCAACUGGUGGAGAUAAUUAAGUCUCUGAAAGAAGAGGAGCUCCUUCAAACUCUCUACGAUAAGAGAGUCCAAGGAAAGUUUCUAACCUGGGAGAACACCAUGCAGCUAGACACUGGCUGGCAAAGCCUGCUGUAUACCUUGAGCCCCGAGCUGACAAAGUUCCACCUAAAUGCCAUCCACGACGUUGCAAGUACACCUAGCAACCUCCAGCUUUGGAACUACAGCUCCACGAACAACUGUCCCCUUUGUGGGCGUCAGCAGUGCAACCUAAAGCACAUUCUAACGUGUUGCCCAGUGUCGCUUAAACAAGGAAGGUAUAAUUGGAGACAUGAUCAGGUGCUCAGGGUAAUCGUGCAACCAAUUGCAGAGAAGCUGAGGGAGAUAAACAGUGCUACCCCAAAGACAGAAGUAAAGAGAGAGUGGAGGAAGUUCGUAUCCGGAAAAGGAACCUACAGGAAACCCGAAGUACGGCUUACAGAAGAACCUCAUCUUCUAGAGGAAGGUAACGACUGGAAACUAGUGUUUGAUGAGGACGAAAGGACAAGACAAUUCCCCCAACAUAUUGUCAACACAGCUCUCAGACCUGAUGUGGUAAUAUACUCUAACACACUCAGGAAAGUCAUCCUGAUAGAGCUGACCUGUGGAAACGAGGAGAACUUUGAGGACCAGAGAUCCCGGAAAGAGAAGAGAUACGAAGAGCUAAUGGUGGAGAUCGAGACCGCAGGCUGGGAAGGAUAUCUCUUUACAGUAGAAGUUGGAUGUCGUGGAUUCUACCACCACACAUUACCCCGAAUUUUCAACUUCCUUAACAUCACCCGGGCAAAGAAGAAGAGGGCACUUAACACAACAGCGGUGGUGUCCCUGAAAGGUUCCUACACUAUCUGGCUUAGUCGCUACAACAAGACCUGGAGUGACAACUGGCAGCUGGCUGAAAGACCCUGCCCAGUUUAA